GCUGCGGCGUGACAAGAAAGAGGCCAGGCGUCAGAAAAGCGGCGAGUGAUGCACAACGGGUGUCGCGCCGUCACGCCUGGCUUGUUAAGUGCUACUCAAACAUGCGCGUUAAGAACCCGUUGACGAGCCUGUUGUGUCUCGGGCAACAAUUCACGAAAUCUACCGCUGUAGCGCGAUGCUACGCUUCCGUCGCCGCAAACCCAGCAGGCCAGGACGGUGUAAGGCCAAAGACCGGUGUGCUAAUGUUGAAUAUGGGCGGUCCCGCCAAUACCGAUCAGGUCCAUGAAUAUUUGUUAAGAAUAAUGACCGAUCGUGACAUGAUCCAACUACCAGUUCAAAGUAAAUUAGGCCCUUGGAUAGCCAAGCGACGUACGCCGGAAGUACAGAAAAAGUACUCGGAGAUCGGCGGUGGGUCGCCGAUUCUACAGUGGACGAAUAAGCAGGGCGAACUUUUAUGCAAACAGCUGGAUAAAAUUUCGCCCGAAACCGCGCCCCACAAAUAUUACGUUGCCUUUCGGUACGCAGAUCCUCUCACGGAAGAUGCUCUUGAGAGGAUACGCAACGAUGGGGUGCGGCACACUGUACUUUUUUCACAGUAUCCCCAGUAUAGUUGCUCAACCUCGGGCUCCAGUUUUAAUGCUAUAUACAAUUAUUACAAGACUAGAGAGUCACCGAAUGACAUGAAAUGGAGCGUGAUCGAUAGAUGGGCCACGCACCCGCUUCUUGUGAAAACAUUUGUCGAAAGGAUUAAAGAGGAGCUGGCGCAAUUUCCUAGCGAAAAGAGGGACGACGUGAUAAUUUUAUUUUCAGCUCAUUCCUUGCCACUGCAGGUUGUAAACAGAGGAGAUUCUUAUCCCGCGGAAGUCGGCGCCACAGUUGCGUUAGUAAUGCAGGAGUUAAAUUACUGCAAUCCGUACAGCUUAGUGUGGCAGUCAAAGGUUGGACCGACGGCGUGGCUGGGACCCUUCACCGACGAAGCGUUAAAGGGCUACGUAAAGCAGGGCAAGAAAAAUUUCAUUUUGGUACCAAUCGCAUUUGUAAACGAGCAUAUUGAAACUCUUCACGAGUUGGACAUAGAGUAUUGCCGAGAACUUGCGGAAGAACUCGGUAUCGAGAGAAUACGAAGGGCUGCUGCGCCUAACGACCACCCUAUUUUCAUCGAUGCUUUGACGGACAUCGUUGCGUCUCACCUGAGAUCGAAACAGUCUGUAAAUCCGAAAUUUUUAACACGAUGUCCUCAUUGCGUGAAUUUAAGCUGCGCUGCGAGCAAGGAAUGGUACGCUAAGAUCUGUAAAAAUUAAUUUAUGCAACGACGCCCGCGCACAAUCAUAAUUAUAAAUAUUAUAUUUAAGUACGAAUAAUGAUAAUUUGUAUAAUUUGCUAUAUCAAUUAUGUGUAAUGUUAUAUAAUGAUUUGUUAAUAAUUGAGUGAAAAUGAACAGAUGCAAUGGACUAUACAUACAUGUAUUAUAUUUGUGGGAAAUCGUGCAAAUAAUAUCGAAUAAAUUAUAA